AUGGCUCACCCGAGUAACUUUCGGGAAGGAUCUGGAAGGAGUUACAAGCCAGCGCAAGGUUAUGGCGAACCUCAGAUGUACGAGAAUAAUGAUGAGAAAAACUACGGUCAGUCUUCAUUUGGGAAUCAGAACAUUCCGGAACACAACUUCCACCAAUCUGCAGUUACUCAAGGCGUCGUAGGGCAGAACCAUGGGCAUUCGACUUUUGUCACUGAAGACUCUCCUCAACAGAUAUACAUCCAGCCUUCUCUCUCACCUGAGACACCUUUCAGUCAAGAUAUAAACAAGCAUGUGAAUGAACAGGAGCAAGUGUUCAUAAACACUGAGGCGCCAAGAUCUGUCAUUGUGCCAAGUCGAAAGUACCUCCCUCCAAGUAGGCCAUUUUAUGUCAAAGAGCAAGGGAACAACAAUUUGGUGCAAGAACAAGGCCCUUUUUCAUCAGGCAGCAGUUCUGGAAUCUCUCAUCAGAGUUCUGGUUCCUUGAUAAUAGGGGAGAACCCUAAGGCAAUUCAACGUCCUGUAUCAAGUCAAGCCAUGCCUCAGGCCAAUUCCGACUCAGGGAACUUACACGUAUUUCAACCAUUCAGUGGAUCUUACGUGGAGAAGAAAAAUCCUGAAGAUUCACAGAGCCAUCUUUCAAAGCCACUAAUUAGGGAUUUUCAACAAAAUUAUGACUCGACUCCAAAGCAAGAACUAAAUUAUGUGCCUCCACAAAAUCCAAAUUUUCUACAACAAAGUCAUGACCCAAAAUCAAAAGUGCUCACGCCAGAAAGGACCUACGUCCCGCCUGCAAUGACCAGUGUAACAGAGCAAAACUUUAUCACUACAGUGUCUAGUGAUCUUGGAUUUCAUCCUCCUCCAUUGGGGACCACAGCCCAUGGGCCAGUGAUAUCAAACACAGCACAAGAAAAAAUCAAGAAUGGACAAGAUGAUAUAAAGUUUUCAGUGAAAGUAUACAGUUCACCGGAGACCAUAAACCAAAGAGAAGAAACAGUGCAAAACUUUGGUCUGUUUUCAGAAAAUAAUGUACAAAGUCAUAAUAUACCAACAAGCAUUUCCCCAGUGCUUGGGUCACAUAAUUCCCAUGCCAGCCCAGCACAAACUCCUAGUUUACCAGCAAGUUCAGAUGUCCCACGUCAGCUGUAUAAUCCUCCAGUGGAAACAGAACAAAUUGGCCAAAGCUUAUUCACAGAUAAAACUCGUGGUCAAAAUCUAGUACCAGAUAAACCUCAUACUCUUCAGAAUAUUCCCGAAAACUUCCACGGCCCACCAAAGGGAACAAUUGCACCCAAUCAAGGAUAUGGGGAAGAGAAAAGUGGUCCUUCACUCAUUAAUAACCAGGUCUUUUUUCCAUCUCUGAAUUUCCACGAAGUCAAACCACAGGAAGGGUCAGUGAAAGACUAUAACCCUCCAUCAAAUUCCCAUGUUCAAAGUCAAAGUUUUAGUCCCAUAUCGAUUCCCCAAAAUUUAGGUCAAACUUCUGGCUCAUCUUCCACUUCUCAUAUUCCAGACCAGAGUAAUGGUCGACCCAAACAAUACUACGAUACACCAUUAAUUUCUAAUAUUCCGGACCAGAAUUAUGGCCCACCUGAACAAAGCUUUAGCCCACCAUCGUCUUCCCAUAUUUUUGACCAGACUCAUGGCCCACCUGGACAAAGCUACAGCCCAGACCAGAAUUUUAACCCACCUGAGCAAAACUAUGGCCCACCUCCAGCUUCAGCAAUUCCUGAGCAAACUUAUCCUUUAACUGAACAAAUAGUUGCCCCGCUAUCUACCUCUAUAGCUCCAGAGCAGUAUUAUGGCCCUCCUGAACAAAGUUAUGUCCCUCCAGCACCUGUCCCUAAGAUCCCAGAAAUGAGAUAUAGACCCUUAGAACAAAAUGAUGUCCCUGCAACAAUAUCUCGGGCUCCUGAACAAGGUUAUCGGCAGCCAUUGCCUUCUAAGAUUCCAGAGGUUAGUUAUGGUCCAAGCAAGCAAUCUUUUGGCCCACCAUCAGUUUCUGUAGAUCCUGAUCAGAACUAUGGCCCACCAGAGCAAAAGUAUAGCCCACCAUCUGUUUCUCAGAUACCUGAGAAUACUUAUGUUCCUCCGUCUGCUUCUAAUGCUCCAGAGCAGAGUUAUGUCCCAUUAGAACAAACUCAUGCCCAUCAAUCUAUCUUUAGUGCGCCAGAGCAGACUUAUAGCCCAGCAGAAAGUAAUCACAACCUUCCAUCUACUUUUAAUGUUCCACAGCAAACUUAUGGCCCUCUGUCUAUUUCUAUCAGUGAGCAAAAUUAUGCCCCACCAUCAGAUUCUAAGAAUACUGCAGAACAAAAUCAUGGAUCCCCAUCUAUUUCUGAUAUUCCACACCAAAGCUAUGGCCCAGCUGAUGAAAGUUAUGGUCCUCCAUCUAUCCCAAAUAUAUCAGAGCAAAGUUAUAGUCCACCAAAGGAAACUUACAGCCUACCAUCUAGUUCUAAAGCUCCAGACCAGAGUCACAGCUCUGGACAAACCUAUAGCCCGCAGCAAGAAAGUUAUGGCUCGCAUAAACAGAAUCAUAGACCUCAAUUGAUUUCUGAAGUUCUGGGUCAGAGUUAUGGCCCAGCUGAGCAGAGUUAUGACUUACCUCCUGGUUCCCAUAUUUCAGACCAAGUCCAUGGCCCUCCAACCAGUUCCCAAGUUCCAAAGCAAGAUUUUGGCCGACCAACUAGUUCCCAAGUUGGAGACCAAGGUCGUAAACCAAUAGUCAUUACCCAAAUACCAGAGCAAAAUUAUGGCCUCCCAUCCAGUUCUCCCAAAAUAGAUCAAAGCUAUGGCCUACCAUCUAAUAUGAAAAUUCCAUCUCAAAACUAUGGCCUUCCCUCUGAUUCUCAGAUUCUGAACCAAAAUUAUGGUCCUGAUUCCAGUUCUCAAGUUUCAGGCCAAAAUUUUGACCCCCCUUCAAGGUCUCAAAAUUACGGUCCUCCUUCCAAUGUUCAAAUUCCAAACCAGAGUUAUGGCCAACCUUCAGAUACUCAAGUUCUAGGCCAAAGUCACGAUUUACCUGGCGAUUCACAAGUUCCAGACCAAAGUUUUGAUUCACCUUCAGAUUCUCCAAAUUACGGUCUGCUUUCCAAUACUGAUAUUCCAGACCGAAGUCAUGGCCUUCCACUCAGUGCCCAGGCACCAGACCAAUAUUAUGGCCAACCUAUUUCCCAAGAUGAAGACCAGAAUUAUGAGUCACCUUCUAAUUCACAAGUUCCAGGCCCAAUUUUUGAUCCACCUUCUAAUUCUCAAAGUUAUGGCCCAAUCAAUUCUCAAAUUCCAGGCCAAGGUUAUGGGCCGCCGAUUAGUUCUAAGGCGCAAAGCCAGAAAAGUACACCAUCAUCAAGCAAUUCUGUACCACCACCUUCUGCCCGAAAGCCGUCACGGAAGCCAAUGCCGCCCGUCGUCGGGGGACCCCAUUCGUUCUUUGUGGCUGCUAAGCAUAACUACGAUCUUGUCCAUGAGCAAAAAAGACCUGCCGAGGUAGAGGGCGAGCGAGGAAGAGGACCCAAGGAUUAUGCUCAAGAGGCUUCUGUACAUCCUUCUGUUGGCAGUUCUUCUCAGGCCUUUGACUCAAAGGAAGGUGCUGAUUAUACUGUCCCUUCACUGUCUCUGGAAGACAGUGUCAGUGACUUUGUUGUUAAAAGUGAAAAUCAUGAGACUGCCAGUAACUACGAUACUUCUCCUCAUGUCACUGGAAGUGUUUAUGGUUCGCCUUCGCCAACGGAUAUUAAUGAUGGUCCUAUAUUUGGGGAAGAGGGACCGGAAUCCAUGGACCCGGAUGGCGACUGCGUCCGUGGCGAAGCCUUCAAGGACUAUCCUGCUUUCACCAGCGUUCCAGACACUUCCUUCGAGUGCCAAGACCGGGUCCCGGGCUUUUACGCCGACGGGGAGGACCGAGUGCCAGGUGUGUGGGCUGUUUUUGAAAUCUGUUCAGUGUGGCAUUACUGCCUGCCAGAUGGACGACAAGAGUCUUUCCUCUGCCCCAUCGGGACACUCUUCAACCAGCGCCACUUCAUCUGUGACUGGUGGUACAACACGAAUUGCACGGCCUCGCAGGAGUUAUACCACCUAAAUGACAUCCUUUACGAGAGGUACACUGAAUCAAGGACGUCCAAAGCGCCAGAAGACUCUCGAACCGAAGAAGAUUUUCCUUCUGCUGAUGGAUCCCUUUCCUCGUCCUCGACUUCUGAAAGGUCUUACAAGGGCCAGGGUCUACAAGAAGCCUUUGGAGAAAGAGAAAGAGGAGAAGGAAGUCCUCAAGGAAUCUAUGGUCUUCCAGAGGAAAGUCCGGAAGAAUCCUAUGGUCUUCGAGAAGAGAAUCCCAAAGAAUCAUAUGAUCAUCCAAGAGAACUUCAGGAAUUCUCACAGAACUUCAAGUACUCCCACAGAACUUCAGGAAUCCCACAGAACUUCAGGAAAUACGACAGAACCUCAACAAUGUCCACGGAACUUUAG